AGCCGAAGCGCUUCCGCUCGGCAGACGAGGGAGUGCUUUCGGCGCUCGGCUCUUUCCGCCUGGGGCUUCGGGUAUUUCCGGCACGCGGUUCGGCUAUUUUCGUCGCCAGCUUCGGAAGGGACCUUCCUUCCUUCCCCAUCGCCUGCUUCAGUAACGGUUGCUGGGAGUUUAAAUGAGUGGAGGUCGGGUUGCGUUGCGCCGUCGCUGGGACACGGACUGAGACGGGCUGGGGGCUGCCCCGCUCCGGGCUUAGUGAAAAGGAAGCGGAAGCCGAGGAGAACAGGAUGACGGUGCUGCAAGAACCAGUCCAGGCUGCUAUAUGGCAAGCACUUAACCACUAUGCUUACCGUGAUGCAGUAUUCCUUGCAGAAAGAUUGUAUGCAGAAGUACAUUCAGAAGAAGCUCUGUUUUUACUUGCAACAUGUUACUACCGCUCAGGAAAGGCCUAUAAAGCAUACAGGCUCCUAAAAGGACACAGCUGUACUACCCCACAAUGUAAAUACCUGCUUGCAAAAUGCUGUGUUGACCUCGGCAAGUUUGCAGAAGGAGAGCAGAUCUUAUCUGGUGGAGUGUUGAAUAAACAGAAAAGCCAUGAUGACAUCGUUAUGGAGUUUGGUGACUCUGCAUGCUUUACGCUCUCCUUACUUGGACAUGUCUACUGCAAGACAGACCGGCUUGCCAAAGGAUCAGAAUGUUACCAAAAGAGCCUUAGUUUAAAUCCAUUCCUCUGGUCACCUUUUGAAUCACUAUGUGAAAUAGGUGAAAAACCGGAUCCUGACCAAACAUUUAAAUUGUCAUCCUUGCAGAACUUCAGCAAUUGUCUGCCUAAUAUUUGCACAACACUGUUAUCUAAUCACAAUGUAUCACAUAGACAGCCUGAAACUGUCCUUAUGGAAACACCACAAGACACAAUUGAGUUGAACAGAAUCAACCUAGAAUCCUCCAAUUCAAAAUAUUCUAUCUUGAACAUGGAUUCUUCUAUGUCUUACAUCGAUUCGGCUGUAAUUUCACCAGAUGCUGUCCCCCUUGGAUCAGGAUCUGCCAUACUGUCUAAACAGGCUCAAAAUAAACAAAAAACUGGACGGAGUUUACUGGGGGGCCCUGCAGCUUUGAGCCCACUAACGCCAAGCUUUGGAAUUUUGCCACUAGACACCCCAAGCCCUGGAGAUGGAUCGUAUUUACAAAACUACACAAACUCUUCUUCUGUAAUUGAUGUGCCAUCCACAGGAGCACCUUCAAAGAAGACUGUCAGCAGGAUAAGCCAAGCUGGAACAAAAUCUGUCUUCUCACAGAGUGGAAAUAGCCGGGAAGUCACUCCAGUUCUUGUUGCACAAAUGCAGAGCUCUGGACCACAGACAAGUACAACACCUCAGGUACUGAGCCCAACAAUUACUGCUCCACCAAACACACUGCCUCGAAGAAGCUCUCGCCUAUUUACUAGUGAUAGCUCUACCACAAAGGAAAAUAGCAAAAAAUUAAAAAUGAAGUUUCCACCUAAGAUUCCAAACAGAAAAACAAAAAGCAAAACAAAUAAGGGAGGAAUAACUCAACCAAACUUAAAUGACAGUUUGGAAAUUACCAAACUGGAGUCUUCCAUCAUUUCAGAAGGGAAAAUUUCCACUGUUGCACCCCAGAUCCAGGCUUUUGCGCUACAGAAGGCAGCAGCAGAAGGUUUGAUGAGCCUUCUCCGUGACAUAGGGAAAGGUUAUUUAGCCUUGUGUUCAUACAACUGCAAAGAAGCGAUAAAUAUUUUAAGCCAUUUACCAUGCCACCAUUACAACACCGGCUGGGUGCUGUGCCAAAUUGGGAGAGCUUACUUCGAACUUGCAGAAUAUAUGCAGGCUGAGAGAAUAUUUUCAGAAGUAAGGAGGAUUGAAAAUUACAGAGUAGAAGGCAUGGAGAUCUAUUCAACUACGCUGUGGCAUCUGCAGAAAGAUGUUGCCCUUUCAGUUCUUUCAAAGGAUUUGACGGACAUGGAUAAAAACUCACCAGAGGCGUGGUGUGCUGCAGGAAACUGUUUCAGCUUGCAACGAGAGCAUGACAUUGCAAUCAAGUUCUUCCAGAGAGCCAUUCAAAUUGAUCCAAACUACACUUAUGCCUACACCCUGUUGGGACAUGAAUUUGUCUUAACUGAAGAAUUAGACAAAGCAUUAGCUUGUUUUAGAAAUGCAAUCAGAGUCAACCUGAGACACUAUAAUGCAUGGUAUGGGUUGGGAAUGAUUUAUUACAAACAGGAAAAAUUUAGUCUUGCAGAAAUGCAUUUCCAGAAAGCACUUGAUAUUAAUCCUCAGAGCUCAGUCUUACUGUGUCACAUUGGAGUGGUCCAGCAUGCACUGAAAAAGUCUGAAAAUGCUUUGGAUACUUUAAACAAAGCUAUUAACAUUGACCCUAAGAACCCGCUAUGCAAAUUCCAUAGAGCUUCCAUAUUGUUCGCAAAUGAAAAGUACAAGUCUGCUUUACAGGAACUUGAAGAACUGAAACAGAUUGUUCCUAAAGAGUCUCUUGUUUUCUUUUUAAUAGGAAAGGUUUAUAAAAAACUAGGUCAAACUCAUUUGGCCCUAAUGAAUUUCUCAUGGGCAAUGGACUUGGAUCCCAAAGGAGCCAAUAACCAGAUUAAAGAGGCCAUUGAUAAACGCUACCUUCCAGAUGAUGAGGAACCAAUAACUCAAGAAGAACAAAUCAGUGAAUGUUACCCCUAUGAAUCAGUUGGCACAGAUGAAUCCCAAGAGAGCAGCAUGACAGAUGCAGAUGACACGCAGCUCCACGCAGUUGAAAGUGAUGAAUUUUAAUCUCCGAAAGCCAGUAUCUGAACUUGAGUGUGUGGCUGGUACUGUUGUGUUCUCCCCUUCCUUUGUACCCUGGGUCUUCACAUCACUGAACCAGCAUUAUCAUUCUCCACUGACUCCAUGAGUACACCAUUCAGACUUAAACUGUACAUCAAGUUAAUGACAGUACAAUUCAUCUGCUACUGAGUUGGACUAGUUGAUUCUUGUUCAUUUAUGUAAGUGACUGAGGAGGAAUUGCUGUUUUUGGACUCCCCUUUGAUGGAAAAAUAUGGAAAGAAAGACUUGUUUGCUGUAACAAAGCCAGUAGAUAUAUGGGAAUAGCACUAUUGAAGCAGUGUCUCAUUCUUUUUCCAGAAAUGUGUCUUAGUUUGGUUCAUUCUUGGCAAGCAGGGUGCUGAACCUCAUUUCCAAGUUUGAGGACAGUGUUGACAAAUGCAGGCUGUUGAAGACUUUUGCAUAUUGUUGUGUAACUUAAAAUACCAAGGAGUGUAGAUGACCUUAAAGCUGCAGUGUCUCCAGUGAACAAACACCAUGCACAUGCUCUCAGGACUGGGAAUGUGUCGGACUAUGUAAAAUACCCCUUGUCUCUGCUUAGAGUGCAAACUUGCAGGAGUGGAAAUAUAGCAGGAGAAUCAUAUUGUAGAAUCAAAGCUUUCAUGAAAUGCUUUCAUGUUCUAACUAAGAAUUAAUUUAUUCACUUAGUUUCUGGAAGUGUUUACUUUGUACUUAAAAGAAACAAUUCAGCAACACCUUGCUUUUUUUCAUAUGCUCCUUGACUUGUUCCUCCCCUUUUAAGAAUAAAAAUUAAUAAAGGGUAAAAUCGAGAGAGAAAUGUAGAUACAACUGUAAUAUGAAAACACCAAACCCUUAAUCCAGAUUGACUGUGUUUCUAAGCAGGUAGACUGGGAAGACCAUGGAAGCCUUCAUAGAAUCGGAACCAUAGUUAAAUGUGUCAAAUAACUGUCUAAGAUUGGUACCAUUUUUAAAACUGUUUUGUAAAGUGUGGUCCAAGGAGGAUGCAAAAAUGUGCAAUUAUCGUUCUCCCUUUUCUUUAAGUUGUUCUUAAGGAUUCUCACACUAGGAAUACUUUCCUUUUCUGCAGAGGCUGUGCUGGUGAGAAAAAAGCUAUGCCAUAUGACCGAGUCCAAAAUUAUCUUUCUCUGUAUUGUUCUGCAGGAACAACUGGUGCCCUUUAUGCAGUGACAAUAAAGAAAGUGUAUGAUAUUAGCAGUCUUAAAGAGCAGUUUAUGCAUAAUAAAUUGACAAUUAUAUGAAUUUCAUAGUAAUGUACUUGUGAUCAGUCUUAAUGUUCUUUUUUUAAUGUAUUGGGGUUUAGGGGUCUCUUGGUUAUCUUUGCAACUUUGGUUUUUUAAAAACAAAAAAUCUGUCUCUUAUACUUGGCAUUUCUUCUGUCACAGCUGCUCUCCUGUUGAGAGCCACAGGGACACCUUUAUCAUUUGAAAAAUAAUCCUCAAGUGUAGAACAAAAAUAUAAAUCUCAGAUUUCCCUUGUUUUAAAGUAGGAGGAUAAGUAGUGAAAAAUAGGCUUAAACUCCCUUAAUGGUACAAAAAGGAACUCUAAAAUCUGAGGAGUGAUAAUAUAUUAAAGGAGCUUUGUGCCUCUGCCAAGUACUUCUGAUCAGCUUGUGUCUGGAAGGCUAAUGCACAGACUGGAAAAUGGUGACCUAUUUUGCCUGGCUGAAGCAUACAGCUUGCACAGCUUCUUGUGGCCAUUAGCUGUUCUAGGACCAUUUCUUUUUCCUGAGGAGCACACAGGGUUCCAGUUUCCCUGAGAGCUGAUCUUCAUCCACGGUCAAGCUUGGGCACAGUGUCUGUUGAGUUGCCUGUCUCCGUCCUGACAUGUUUUUCCUGCAUAUGCAGCUUCCUAGCACAUCUUUCAAAGAGGACCUUCAAAGCAGCGCCUCAGUGUGAGGUCUGGAGGCAGCACUUCUGUGAAUGUCACCAAUUUAAUGUAUUGAUCAGCUUCCUCUUGGUUCCAAACAUUUUCUAAGCAAAAAGCAGGAGUAAGCAGGUGCUACUCUCAAGACUCUCCAUAACCAGUGCUGAAAUGGGGACCAGAGAUCUAGGAAAUGAGGUAGCUAUUUCAUUUUUCUCUUCUCUAAAAGUUGUGAACAAUUGUAAUCAAACUUUUAACACCUUGGAAAGAGCUCUUAAUUCAACUGGGAUUUUAAAAGGAUAUUCAUGCUAUUUGGAAGAUGCAAUGCAUAAAAUUGUCACUUGCUUUAUAUGUACAUAUAUGCAUUGAAGUGAUUUUUCUUUUCCUGAGAUUCUCAAGUAUUAUGUCUUCUGAAGAGAUGCACAAAAAUUAGUAUUUAAUCAAUAAAAUUUUUGCUCUUAAGGGAGAGGGGCGAGGAGAGUAGGGAACAUGAAUGCAUUCUGGCAGCCAGCUUUGAGCAAGUGUGUUCACUGAAAAAUAAUUACAGAACUGUCAUUUUCUUACAACAAAACUAUGGGAAAAUGCGAAGUGGGGGUGUGGUGUGUACUCUUUGCAUUGAAACAAUGUAAGUUGUCUAUUUCCUUUUUUGCCUUUCUUGACUUUUUAUUUCAAAAAAAUGUACAGUCGUCAGGGGAAGAAGUCUUUUCUGUUAAUAUAUUUGUGAUUCACAAAAGGAUGUGGAAAGUCUAAAUAA